AUGGAUUUGAAGAGCGAUAACAGGAAACGGUUCCAAGAUAAACAGAAGUUGAAGAGGAAACAUGCCACUCCUAGUGAUAGGAAGUACCGCCAACAAGCAAAACUAGCUGAGAAAGAGGCAGAGGAAAAAGAGGAGGACGAUGCUCCACUUCCAUUGCCAUCGAAUGAGGAGCGAUACACCAGAGAUGUGCUACAAGAAAUUCAAGACAAAGAGUUCGAUCCACAGAGUACAAUCGACAAACUGAAGCAGAAAUGGGAGAAUUCCGAUAAUAUAGGGGGGGAGGAUACUCCCGCAAAAACACCGCCAACCCGGAAGCGAGAUAUUCUCAACAUGGAUGCCAAGCAACUGAACAAACUGCUCGGUAAAACAGAUGACGCCCAUGUGGGCAGUGCGGAACAUAUUAAAUUACCACACCAAGGGCAGCCACGUGAACCCUUGACGGGGAAUGGCAACGUUAAGACAAACAAGCCAGCUGCCAAGACAUCUCAGUCCCUUCUCCCCGAGGAUCUUGGGCAAGACCAAGAUUUUUUAGACGACCUCCUUUAA